AUGUCGAGAGCAUCCCGGAACCAACACGCCCCCACCGGUGCUGGUGGACGACAAAAUGAAUACUUUGUCCCUCGCGAUGGCAUCGAUCGUGAGGUCAUCUCCGCCGACAUCUGCCGCUACCUUGGUAACGACGCCCUCGUGCGUCCUGGCCACUACGAGAACCCCCAGACCGGCCAAGUAGUCCAGGGCUACUACAUCACCGCCUACAGGAACUUGACAACAGCCAUGAUUGAAGAUCUUAAGGCAGACUCGGCUCGUUGGGAUAGUGAAAGGCGGGCGCAGACCUCGCGCAACACCUCCGGAGGUAUCCAUGCCUCGAGAAAUGCCACUGGCGUUCCGCCGAGACACUCAUCUAACUCACCUCUAGUGCAGUACCGCCACUCCGAGACGCAUCAGUCGCGCCAGCACCACGGCCCGACCGAGGGUCCCUACCAGACCGACCCCUACGCCCGUGACGCAGGCUUUGACAGCACCAGGUACCCAGGAACGGGCGCUCCCGGCUAUACUGGCGCCGCCGGCUCUUACACGCAGGCCUAUGGCGCCACAAGUGCUGGUGCCUAUGCCGGCUAUCCUCAGACCCAGCAGUCUCCUCCUCCGGCGGACGCGCGAUACGGCUCUACUCCCGCGAGCGGCUCCGUCUUGAACCAGGCCUACCAGGCGGCCCAGGAUAGCUACAUGACCAUGGGCGCAAACCGCAACCAGAGGGGAUACGCCGGUGACCCGUAUGCUAACCAGAUGGCCACCUCAGCCGCCGCUGCCCAGCAGGCUGUAUAUGCCACUGCGGCACCCACGACAGCGGGCUAUCCCGCCACUGCUGCUCCUUACCCAUAUUCAGGUCAGGUUCCUCCUGCGGGUGCAUCGUCGUACGCGACAAUGCAGCCCCAGGAUCCCUUCUACGGUCGUGGUGCGUAUCAGAGGCAUACCCAUCCGCCCACUCGCCUUGAGAGCACAGCACCACAGUAUGAUGAAACCCCCCGUGCUCGCGCUUCCGCGACCCCAACAAAUACUCAAACAAAUCCCAGUGGCACCUCCAGCAGCCGACGUAGUGAACGGGAAAGCGACAGGCACGCUUCAGACCGACACCACCGCUCCAGCCGCCGGUAA